AUGUUGCGGCUGAUUGUGCUGACAUCCGCCCUCGUCUUGCAGGCUCGCUCCGACCUUGUCCAAGGAUCGGUAGUCGUCCCUGCCAAUCAGAUCGUUUUCCUGCACAAGUUCUGCAUAGACUCGGACCCAGAUGGAAGGACUGUGGGGGUAAUGUCAGCACAGCUCCGCUCCGGCACAGGUGGUGACCUCAAGCUCGCCGUCUUCGACGACGAGGCAGAGUCCUUGCCAGACCCAGGCCACAUCGACUGGGGCUUACAGUGUAGUUCCGACAAGCUGAAGCGAGUGACGCGCGGUCUGUUCCACGUGGACGGCAGGAGUCUGCACGCUUCCAGGGGCUUCCAGAGAGAGCAGGCCAUCAUCGAGAAGUUGCGGCCCCGCUGGUGGUAUUUUGCCGUGGUGGACUGCUCGGGAGAGGAUCGAGUACUGGAGUAUUCUUUGCAUCUGACAAACCCGCGGCUGGGUUGGCAGCGUGAGCUCUCCAUGGACCAGUGUGGCCUGGUGGCGAUGGGUCUUCUCUGUUUAUCCGGGGCCUGCGGUUUGUACUUCGCUGUCUUGUCUGUCCAGGUGUACGUUAGCGUUCGGGGCAACUGCGACAGCACGAAGCACCCCCUGCGAGUAUGUUUGCUCGGUUCCAUUUCGGUCGCGGCGGUUGGGGCACUGCUGCAACUCCUGAACGCCAAUACCAUUGCCCAGCAUGGCUCUCAGCUCCAGUUGCUCUACGUAGCAGGCAAGCUGUCUAAGUGGACUUCUAAGCUGUUGCUGAUUUGCGCGAUCAUGCUGAUCUCGAGGGGACAUGCCAUUUCGCAUCCACUGCAAAAGCGUCACGUUAUCGGGGCAUGCUCUCUUCUAGCUCCUUUAUUUGUUGGAUGUUUCAUCCUGGAUCUGAAUGGCGAGUAUGCGCAGUAUCGCAAAUACACCAACGAUUCUUUGUUCUGUUCCCGGUACGGGGCAGUGCUGGUGCUGCUCGACGUGGGCUUGUUGACAGUCUACGCACACAAUUUGCGCCGAUCGUUCACCUCAGAGACUGACACCGUUAAGCGCAGAUUUUUCGCAACGUGGGGUCCAAUGUAUGGAAUAGCUUUCGGAAUACUCCCAGUGGCCGUCAUAGUUGGGUCGACGGACUUCGUGUCGCCAUGGGUUCAAGUACGGGUUGUGCAUUUACUGACUAAUGCCGUUCAUAUAUGUCUCCUUGCGAUACUCGUGAAGAGUUUGUGGCCCGAGAAGAGCUUGCCUGCUUUCUGUCUUGAUGACCAAGGGCUCGCAGAAACAAUUGGGCUGAAAGUCGAUUUGUUGCCAACGCUUCUUCACAAGCAAGCAGUGGAGGCUACCGCAAUUCACAAGCCUGAUAAGCUGGACAUCCUGUCACAACUACAGGUCUGA